GGGUUGGGACCGCUGUAUGCAAUGGGAACCAGGGCCUGGAGAGGGGGCCCAGGCCCCAGCGUUUGACUGCCCAGUCUGGUGUGUCCUCUGCCGGGGAUGCAGGGCCAGGCUCAGGGAGGCCUGCCAGAGAGGGAGGGGAGCCAUCAGACUGCCCACAGACAUGCUUAGCAUCAAACUCCCCCAGCUCUUCGACAUCCACCAAGUCCCCAAGGUGUUCCGGGAGGAUGGCAUCAUCUCGGGAUACCGUCACCCCCAAAGCUCCGCCCUGGACUGCAUCCUUAGCAGCUUCCAGAUGACCAAUGAGACAGUCAACAUCUGGACCCACUUCCUGCCCACAUGGUACUUCCUGUGGCGCUUCAGCGUCCUGUGCUCCACACUGAACUUCCUGUCGGAGAGCUACACCUGGCCGCUGCUGGUGUACAUGCUGCUGAUCUGCGUGUACCCAUUCACCUCCAGCUGUGCACACACAUUCAGCACCAUGUCCCCCGAGGCACGCCACAUCUGCUACUUCUUCGACUACGGCGCACUCAGCCUCUACAGCCUGGGUUGUGCCAUAACCUAUGGCUCCUAUGUGAUGCCUGACUGCUGGGUCAACAGCUGGCUGCACCAACACUUUGUGCCCAUUGCCAUCUGCAACACACUAUUCUGCACCAGCCUGUCCUGCUAUUCUAGAUUCCUGGAGAUGCAGUUUCCACACCGCAGUAAAGUUCUCCGGACAGGGGCAUUUGUCUUUCCAUUCAUCUUUGACAACAUCCCUCUAUUUUACAGACUGCUGCUGUGCUGCGGUGGCAGCUGCUGUCACAGUGAGGCCCUGCCCAGUCACUGUUACCACCUCCUCUUCGCCUUCCUCACCUGCUUCCUGUUUGCCUCACACCUUCCAGAGAGGCUGGCCCCGGGGCGCUUCGACUACUUCGGCCACAGUCACCAGCUUUUCCACAUCUGUGCCGUGGUGGGUACCCACUUCCAGAUGGAGGCGGUGCUAGCAGAUAUGACCUCACGCAGGGCGUGGCUCAUUGCGCAGGCGGCCGUACCCUCCUUCCUGAGUACCCUGGGGGCACUGGCCCUCAGCAUCAUCCUCAACCUAGGCAUCAUUGGCAUCUUCAGUGCCCCUCUGCUGUGGGACCCCCACCACAGUGCCAACCACCCACUGACGCCACCCGCGAAACGCAAGCAACAGUGACACUCCCCACAACCAGUGACCAACCAGUAUGUUCAAAUGAAAAGGGUUGGCUAAACUAUUCUCCCAGUCGCGAACUUUGGAAAUAACAACCAUAAGAAGUUGUAUUCUACCUUUUAAAACCAGGUAGUAUUUGUAUAAACCCAUUGCAUUAUUAUCACAGGAUGUUUUUUUUUACAUGUUAUUCUAACGUCAUUAUAAGGUUUGUUUAGGAGUUUAUUAAUGUGUUCACUGUUUACUUUGAAGCCGAAUACCCAGCUAUUUUUAUGAAGCCUUUCAGUUAUUCAGUAGCAUUGUUUACUGUUUAAAGUUGUGGAAGUAUUUCGAGUUAAAGUAUCAUAUGCCAACUUCUUUUCACUUAUUCUUGAAAGGAUCUGGGUUGUAUGAAGCAUAUGUGAUGUCUAACAACACAUAAAAGUGCCUUCUUUUAUAUAUAGUGACCCAAAUGUUACCUAAGUACCCGUAACAUUAUUUCUGGUUUGUGUAAAUCUCAAACUGGAAAAAUCUUUAACUGUAAAUUUGCAGGGAAUUUUCAUAUUAAUAUAUAAGUAUUUAGCUACUGUUUUUCAAUUGUCCUAUAUAUUUGUAAGCCAUUAUUAGAACAUCUCAAAACCCAUAUUUAAUAUAAAGUAUGACUAUCCAUUACAUGAUUCUCAUCACUAACUGGACUACUUAGUAGGAUUCCACCAUUUUGUUUUAAUAUUCAAAAACCAUCUCAUUUAAAUCUCCACUAUGACUUGAAUAAAUGUACAGACCAGUGUAGUGCUCUCUUAGAUUGCCUGCUCUAAACGUCUACACUCUCAGAAAAAAAGGUGCUAUCUAGAACCUAAAAGGGUUCUUCGGCUGUCCCCGUAGGAGAACC